GAGUAACCGUUGGCUGGUCUUGGUCUCUCGGUCGUCGGCGACGCCGUCUGUCUCUCUGGCCUUCCGUCCCUCUCUGUCGCCCCGGCCUGGCGUGUUUAUAAUUUGAUUUCGCUGCUUCUUUGCUGCCCCGUCUGCUGCUGCUUCUUCCUCCAGCGUUGGAGCAGACGUGCCGUUUGGCGCGGGGGAGUGAGGGAGACGGACGUUGGGGAGCUGAGCAGAGCAGAGCAGAGCGGAGCGGCAUUUCCUGUCGCCCAGCUCUUUUUGGGCCUAUGCCUAAGCAAGGAAUCUUAAUGAAGUUAUUGUGUUAACAGUUUGGGGAGCACUGGUGCUCCCAUUGAUGGUCACGGAUCGCAGCUAAGGCUUGUGGGUUGGAGCGGGAUGGUCUGCGUGAGUGACCAAAAAGCCUAACCCUCUUUAUUGCUCUCAUUCCUCCUCUCAUCGCGUUAGAGAUAAGUGGAGUGCGUGCGUGUGUGUGUGUGCCUGCCUUUGGAGCAUGCAUUUGGCGUUCACCGUUAGCCGGGCGGACAAGUGAAACAGCAAGAGCUGCCCAUUGAACCAAGUGCGCGAGUGGAACAAAGACAAAAGAACAGAAGAAGAACAAGAACAGAAAAGGGAGCCCACUAAGAUGGCGCCAAAAAAAUCAACCAUUGUGCUCAAUGUGGAGCAGUUUAUUCACGACAUCGAGGAGCGUCCGGCCAUCUGGAACCGCAACUUCCACUGCAACAAGGCCUUCCUCGAGCAGAUGUGGGACGAGCUGAGCGGCGCGCACAAGCUGCCGAGUGAGGUUUACGUUCUGGAUGAUGGCGCCGAGGUGGAUCUGGAUCUGGGAAACUAUGAAAGAUUUCUGGAUGUCACCCUGCAUCGGGAUAAUAACAUAACCACGGGCAAGAUUUACAAGCUGGUCAUCGAGAAGGAGCGCACUGGCGAGUACUUGGGCAAAACCGUUCAGGUUGUCCCCCACAUCACGGAUGCCAUCCAGGAAUGGGUGGAGCGUGUGGCCCAGACACCUGUGCAGGGCUCCUCAAAGCCACAGGUGUGCAUUGUGGAAUUGGGAGGAACCAUCGGCGAUAUCGAGGGCAUGCCCUUCGUGGAGGCCUUCCGUCAGUUUCAGUUCCGCGUCAAGAGGGAGAACUUCUGCUUGGCCCAUGUAUCUUUGGUUCCCUUGCCCAAGGCCACCGGUGAGCCAAAGACAAAGCCCACUCAAAGUUCGGUGAGGGAACUCAGAGGUUGCGGCCUAAGUCCCGAUUUGAUUGUCUGCCGUUCGGAGAAACCCAUCGGGCUGGAGGUCAAGGAGAAGAUCAGCAACUUCUGUCACGUGGGUCCGGAUCAGGUUAUAUGCAUCCAUGAUCUGAACUCAAUUUACCAUGUGCCGCUGCUUAUGGAGCAGAACGGCGUGAUUGAGUACCUCAACGAGCGACUGCAGCUUAACAUUGACAUGAGCAAGAGGACCAAAUGUCUCCAGCAAUGGCGUGAUUUGGCCCGUCGCACGGAAACCGUUCGUCGAGAGGUCACCAUUGCCGUGGUGGGCAAGUACACUAAGUUCACGGAUUCGUAUGCCUCCGUGGUGAAGGCCCUUCAACAUGCCGCCCUCGCUGCAAACCGCAAACUGGAACUGGUCUUCAUCGAAUCGUGCCAGUUGGAGGAGGAAACUCUGCAGUCGGAGCCGAGCAAAUACCACAAGGAGUGGCAGAAGCUGUGCGAGAGCGAUGGCAUCCUGGUGCCCGGUGGCUUCGGUUCCCGUGGCAUGGAGGGCAAAAUCCGGGCCUGUCAGUGGGCGAGAGAGAAUCGAAAGCCGUUGCUGGGCAUCUGCCUGGGUCUGCAGGCGGCGGUGAUUGAAUUUGCCCGCAGUAAGCUGGAUCUUAAGGAUGCCAACACCACGGAAAUCGACCCGAACACAGCCAACGCCUUGGUCAUCGACAUGCCGGAGCACCAUACGGGUCAAUUGGGCGGCACUAUGCGUUUGGGCAAACGGACUACGGUCUUCUCUGAAGGUCCUAGUGUCAUCCGUCAGUUGUAUGGUAAUCCCAAGACGGUGGAGGAGCGACAUCGACAUCGUUACGAGGUUAAUCCCAAAUAUGUACCCCGGCUGGAGGAGCAGGGCAUGCGAUUUGUGGGCACCGAUGAGGACAAGACAAGGAUGGAAAUUAUUGAGCUGAGUGGACAUCCGUAUUUCGUGGCCACGCAAUACCAUCCGGAGUACUUGUCGCGACCCUUGAAGCCAUCGCCACCGUUCCUCGGCCUGAUCCUGGCCUCCGUGGAUCGUUUGUCUCAAUAUAUUCAGCGCGGUUGCCGCCUGUCCCCGCGCCAGCUGUCCGAUGCCUCAUCGGAUGAGGAGGAGAGUGUGGUGGGCUUGGCCGGUGCAACGAAAUCGCUCAGAUCCUUGAAGCUCCCCGGCACACCCAAAAAUGGAAUUUCAAAUGGCUGCAAUGGUAGCUCCAGCACGUCCGACGGCGAAGGCGCCUGCGGAGGUGUUGAUCUUACCAACGGCCAUUAAUGAACUUGAGAACGGCAGUGCUCCUGUUGCUGUAUCCUCCCAAGGUUGCGACAACAGGUGCAUUUCUGGAUGUGUAUAGUAGGGUGUUGUCGAUUUAAACAUUUUUAUGUUUUAUUGAAGUGACAUAAAGUAAUCCAAUACAUUUUUCUUUAGUUAGCAUAAGUUAAAUAUAAUUUUAAUUUCGUUUGGGAUAGAAAGUAAUCAAACUAGUAUGAAUAUCAAACUUCAUACUUCGGAUUUUCGUAUAUUUUAUAUUAUUUUCAUAUUAUGUCUCUUAACAAUAAAAAAUUCUACAAGAGAAAUGAACAUUAAUUUGUCGUUGUAGGAGUGCAGUACGUUUUUAGUUAUACGAACUUUGAUUUUAUCGAACAGUUUUUAAAUAUGUUAAUAAUUUACAAAAGUUUUAAACUUUUACAAAAUUAGUUUGAAUUCUCUGAAAUCGACUCACCCUGGUGUCAAUAGCCUCGCUUGUGUCUUCUUGAUCGAAAAUGGAUAUAGUUUAUAAUCUCUCAAACCCAUAACUUAAACUACCAUAAAAUGACUUGCUUCUAUUAAUGUUAAACCACAUUUAAAGCAAACUAAACGAAAUGUAAGCAAUUACCUUAUCUAUAAAUAUUUUUAGAUAAAGAAUGAAAUAAUUAAAUGUA